GGGUAAUGGUGGAUCCCAGGACUCGAACGCCACACCCGCCCUGGACGAUAGCGCAGUAUCACUGGCUAGGAAGCUAAGAUGCGACGAGGAAGAACAGCAAUGAAGAAGCACCAGUUUGGGAGCGCUCCCAGCAGCUACUGCAGCAAUUUGGUGGUGAUGCUCUUCGCGCUGAUCGUGGCCUUCACGCUCGGAUUUCUAGCGUCUCCAAUUGUGAGAACUUCUCCUAGCUCGCCUCCUCCUCUCCAAUCUUCAUCAUUCCCUUCCUCGUCGCCCUCUUCGUCUUCUUCCUCCGCUGCAUUGACCGCGUGCUCGUCUUCAUCGCCGUCGAUCCAAGAGAAGAAGGAAGCGAAUCUGGGCGACAACGUGGCGAAUAUCCAGCCUCAAUCCGACGAUGGAUUCGUGAGCCACGUCAGAUCGCUGCCGGACGACCUCCUCCGCUUCCACUACGACUGCCAGGCGGCGCCGUCGCGGGGCCGAGACGCCGCCUCCGCCCGCGCGGCCGUCAUUGACGAGGUGUUUGACGGCACGUCGCCCUUCACGGCCUUCCCGCCCCCCCACAUUGCCCGCCUCCUCAAGCCCCACAAGAUCAAAGGCUGGGGCUCAGAUCACCCCGUAUUUGCGCGCCUCGUCCAGGAAAUCCGCCCCAAAAUCGUGGUGGAGCUCGGAUCCUUCCUGGGCGCGUCGGCGAUCCACCUCGCCAAGCUCAUCCGCGAGCAGCAGCAAGGCGGCAGUGAUUUCGUGAUCUUCUGCCUGGAUGAUUUCCGGGGCUGGCCAGGGUUUCGCAAGGUCUUCACGGACAUCCGGCAGGAGCACGGCAAUGUGAUGCUCUUCAACCAGUUCUUGCAAAAUGUGGCCUUCUCCAACGCUAGCAAUAACAUUGUGCCGGUGCCAUUCUCCACCAACACGGGGCUCUACAAGCUGUGCGAGCUGGGCAUCUCGGCGGAUCUGAUCGAGGUGGACGCCGGGCACGAUUUUCACUCGGCGUGGACGGACAUCAAUCUCGCGUGGUCGCUCAUGCGGCCCGACGGCAAAUCCAUCAUGUUUGGGCACGAUUACUUCAAUGGAGCCGACUACCACGGCGUGCGCAGGGCGGUGGAUCUCUUUGCACGUCUCAAGGGGCUGCGGGUGGAGCCGGAUGGGCAGCACUGGAUCUACAGGAAGAUUGAUGGGAAGAAGCCCAAGGGGAAGAAGAAGAACAGGGGAAAGGAGGAAUUGCCCCUUUGAAAAGUAGGAAUAUACUUGCUUGUUUCUUAUGUAAAACUAUUAGAUUAAAUAAUUAUAUCUUAUAAACUUACUUACACUUCA